AGAGGAAGGAACUUUUCGUGACUUUUCUUGCUGUUUUGUCCAGAAUUUACAGUGAUUUUACGUGAAUUUUGAUUGAGAAUGAGUGGACCUGACCAGGAGCGAUUCGAUGGCAUGCUUAUGGCGAUGGCACAACAAUGUGAGGGUGGAAUUCAUGAGCUGCUUGAUAAUUUCUUUGGGUUUUUGGAGAGAAAGACAGACUUUUUUGUCGGCGCACAAAGAGGUUCUGCAGAGAAGAUAGUGAUGACAAAACUACACGAGUAUGAAAAGAAAGCUUUAGAUAAAAAAGAAAGAGACAGGAAAGAAGCUGAGGCAAUACUAGCUGCAAAAGCUGCCAAGAAAGCUGCAGAAGAACAACAGCCUAAAAUACAAGAAGUGACAGAGGAAGAAGCUAAGAAAAUACAGCAAGAAGAAGCUGAUAAGAAGAAGAAAGAAGCAGUUGAGAAGACAGAGAGCAAGGACUCUGAAAAUGGAAAGACAGAAAAAGAUGACGAGGAUGAAGAUGAGGAUGAAGACUCAAAAGGAAAAAUGAAACCUAAUGCUGGAAAUGGUGCUGACUUGCCAAACUACAAAUGGACACAAACCCUUCAAGAAAUUGAGGUCAGAAUACCUUUAAAUAUAGAUUUUAAACCAAAAGGAAGAGACAUUAAUUGUGAUAUWCAACAAACUCAUUUAAAAGUGGGACUCAAAGGACAUCCUCCUAUCAUUGAUGGUGAAUUCCCUAAAAAAGUUAAAAUUGAAGAGUGCACGUGGACACUUGACGRUAAAACGCUCACAAUAUGCAUAGAAAAGGUAAAUAAAAUGGAAUGGUGGUCUCAGCUUGUUACUACAGACCCUGARAUAAACACCAAAAAAGUACAACCUGAGAAUUCCAAGUUGGGAGAUUUAGAUGAUGAAACUAGAGGUAUGGUGGAAAAAAUGAUGUAUGACCAGAGACAAAAACAGAUGGGUUUACCCACAUCAGAUGAACAAAAGAAACAAGAYGUCUUGAAAAAGUUCAUGGAACAACAUCCAGAAAUGGACUUUUCAAAAGCUAAAUUCUCAUAGUCCAUCCUAUAGUAGAAAUAAUGAUAGUUGAAUUUAAAAAAUUGCUGUGAAGCAGGACAAAACAAAGCAAGGUUUUUGCGGUUCUGGUUUCUAAGGUUUCACAAGAUUACAAUAGUUGAAGUUGAACUGCAUGUUAAGUGUCAAGAGACUAAAGUAUGUUCAAAUAAAGCAAMGUUGUGUCAAGAGGACAAAACUAAA